AAGCGCAAGAACCACCAAACAAGUAAAAUACUUCCUAGGGUAGAAACAUGGCCGCUCACACUGGGCUGCCAGCACCGGCUCUUGGCCGUGGCGGUGUCCAUGCUUUCACCCCGGUGGCUCCCGCUGAGUCGGCCCCGUACAGUCCUAUGGGGACGGAGGGUUGGCAGCUCGGCUCGCCGUCGGACGCUGAGAAACUGUUUUCCCGCUGCUCCGCAAAGCUGAGAGCCCUGCGAGCAGACUCCGGCCAACUCAGGGAGGAGCUCAACCUGCUGUUUGACCAGCUCCUGUCCGAAAACUACAACAAAACCUUCUACCCCAAUAUCAACAUCCGACCAGAGGAUGUGUGUACUCUGCUGAAACAUGCCAGCUGUCUUGUGCCACUGUGUCAAGAACAUUUAGUCAUCAAACUCUGCCAGCUAAUGCAUCAUCUACUCAAUCAGCUAAAGGUAAUAUUGGACGAGCAGACAUUAGAUGUGCUGGUGAAAUAUACCGCCAGUGCAUUGAAAACGUGCAGUACGUGGACACACUCAGAUGUCCUCCUGGCACUCUCCACAAUAGUGUAUGGGAAUGGACCUCAGUGCCACCAACACCUCAGUGACUUACUGGUUGAAGAUGGAGUCCUUCUGCUGUAUAGUGCUCCAUCUCAGCCAAAUAUGGAAUUACGCCGUGUUGCUCUUACCUGUAUGGCAAACAUCUUUCUCAGGAUCCCCGGUCAGCCACCUUUGGAUGAUCAAUACAGAAGUGUGUGUUUCAGAGUCUUCCUGAAAACACUGCAGUCACCCAAACCUCCCAACACUGAUGAGCUCUUCUACUGCAUGGUGAUCCAGGCAGCCCUGAAGGGACUUCAAUGUUGUCUCUCAGGUGGGAAGUGGAAAUUUGGUGGAGGGGAAGAGCUUGGAUCUGUACUGGCCACACUGAAGAGGCUCAUGUUCCAGGGAGCUCCAGGUGUGAGCGUCGAGUGGCCGGCUGUGCUUUACCCAGCACCUCUUCCUCAGUAUGAGGGUCUUUCUACACCAAAACCUGCUGAACCACCAAAACCCUCUGAGACACCAAAGGAUGCCGCUGUGCCAGGCAAAGCCUCAGGGAAUAAAAAGAGGAAAUCCAGAGGAAAGGGGAAGAAGACGAGCACUGAGGAGAACAGAGGGAAUGAUGGAGAGGAAGAUGAUAGAGAGGCGGUGUCUGCAUUUCGGAAAGGAGGGGGAAGAGAGGGAGAGUCUAAACCCUCUGCCCCAUCUCUCUACCCAUCCUGGAAGCGAAACAGUUCUGACUCAGAGUUUUCUGACACAGAGGGCAAUGCACAGAGCAAAUUAAGACUUUACCACGGCCGUGUGCGUCAGGGAGCUCUGCACUGUUUGCUGGCAUUGAUGAAAGGUGUAGAAAAGCGGACUCUGUACGGGUACUGGUCUUCCUUCAUCCCUGACUCUCCUAUUGGGGGACCACCACCUCUGACUCUGCUCACAAUUGUACUGAAGGACCCAUCGCCAAAGGUACGUGCGUGUGCGCUGCAGGUAUUGUCGGCCAUGCUGGAUGGCUCCCGUCAGUUCCUGGCUGUGGCUGAAGAUACGGCGUCUCCUCGUACGUCUUUCACUCCUUUCUCCUUCUCGCUGGCCACUGCCGUCAGAGAACUGCACCGUGCUCUCAGUCUGGCUCUGCUGGCGGAGACCGCCCCUCAGACACUCACACAGGUCAUCAAGUGUCUGGCCUAUUUGGUGGCCAACGCUCCCUACCACCGUCUCAGACCUGGUCUGCUCAGCCCACUCUGGAAGCAGAUGCGUGCUUAUGUGCGCCACAGAGACGUGAACGUGCGUGUGUCUGUCCUGACACUUUACGGGGCUCUGGUGACGACUCAGGCUCCUCUCCCUGAGGUUCAACUCCUCCUUCGACACCCGGACGGUGGCGGCAGCAGCAGCACCGGCUCCUUCACGCCGCAGGACUCGGCUCUCAGCUGGAGACAAAGAGACGGAAUGUCCUCACCCUGUCGCACACCAGUCAUACGCUCCCAGCGCAGCUCGCACACACACUCCCCCCACGUUCUUCACACACCGGGGGAGGAGGACAGCUUGCCGCCGUGGCUGCUGCAGCUGUGUGUGUCGCUGGUGACUCAGCCCAGAGAGGAGCAGUCAGACAGCGAGGGAGCGGGAACAGGAGGAGGUGCUGUCUUGGAGCCCUCCCCUGUCCGACUAGAAGCUUUGCAGGUCCUGUCCCACCUGGUACGUGGCUACUUCUCUCUAGCCCAAGCAUGUCUGUGUGAGAUUGGGCAGGUGAGCGCACGCUGCCUCGGGGAGACAGACCCCUCCAUACAACUGCACGGAGCUAAGUUACUAGAGGAGUUGGGGACAGGAAUAAUCCAGCAGUACAGAGCAGAGAACAACGUGCCUGAGAGCUCGAGGGUCCCCAUGAGCCAAGUGGUGCAGUUUUGGUCAGAAGUCUUGAGCGGCCCGCUGAACGGAGCGCUGCAGAACGAACAACAUCCUAUGCUGCAGACGAGCGCCUGCGACACGCUCUCCUCCAUCCUGCCGCAGGCCUUCUCAAAGCUGCCUGACAAGACCCAGCUGAUGUGCAUCACUGUGCUACUGGGGCUGACCUACAAUGAAAACUAUCUGCUGAAGACCGCAGCUGUCAGGGCUCUGGGAGUCUAUAUACUGUUCCCCUGUCUGAGAGAAGAUGUGAUGUUCGUCGCAGAUACAGCAAAUACAAUCCUCGCCGCCCUCGACGAUCGAUCUCCAAAUGUCCGUGCCAAGGCCGCCUGGUCGCUAGGCAAUCUCACAGACACACUUAUUGUCAAUAUGGAGAGUGUAGGUGUGGACUUCCAAGAAGAGUUAUCGGACAUGCUGCUGCUCAAGAUGCUGCAGGCAGCGACUCGAGCGUCGGCCGACAAAGACAGGGUGAAGUCUAACGCAGUGCGAGCCCUGGGGAAUCUGCUUCAUUUCCUGCGUCAGAGUCAGCUGACCCGGUCUGCUUUCCAACGACCGCUGGAAGACGCGGUCCGUGCUCUCGUAAAAACCAUCCAAUCAGAGGCCACGAUGAAGGUGCGAUGGAACGCCUGCUACGCCUUGGGAAAUGCUUUCAGAAACCCUGCGCUGCCACUCGAGUCAGCCCUGUGGUCUCGUGACGCGUUCUCUGCCCUCUGCAACGUUGUUACUUCCUGUAAGAACUUCAAAGUGCGGAUCAAAUCGGCGGCUGCCCUGGCAGUUCCUGCCCACCGCCGCUGCUACGGGGACACAAAGCGGUUCAGCUGCGUGUGGCAUUCGUUGGCCACAGCGCUCGAGAACAGCGAAGACACAAAUGACUUCUUGGAGUACCGCUACAGCGCCAGCCUGCGACACACGCUCUCACAAGCUCUCCUGCACCUGCUCAGCGUCAGCCAUUCCCAGGACAUGCCCGACCUCGGGGCAUCACUGGCCGGCCCGGAGGGGAUUGGCAUCAAAGAGCAUUUGAUCAGAUAUCUGAGAGCGGAGGAAGGAGGAGGAGAGGGGGCGGAGGGAGAGAAAGACGCAGGGGGGGACAGUUUCAACCCUCAGCAGAGAAUCGGACGUCUGCAGCAGACUCUGAUCAGACUGAAGGGGGUGAAUUCUGAAGGGGAAUUAGGGAGAGAGGAGGAGAGAGGUAAGGAGGUAGUAGUCAGUUUCCUGGAGGAUUUGCUAAAGACCUGUGAAGAGCCGUAAAAAUCUCCAGCUGCAGCGAUGGGUUUCAGAAAACUGAGACCUGAGGUCACAAGAGCUCUUCUCUCUGGUCGGGACGGAGGAGGACAAACAACCAAAUACAAACUAACAAAGCAGUGACUGAAGGCAAAGAUUAUGUAACCAGCUUUGUCAUAGUGUGAUCUUAGGACGUCACAAGGAACCACAAGGCUGUUCAGAAAAACUCGAGGCCAUGUACUGGACAUGUACUGUAUGUCUGUUUUGUUUUUUUUUUUUUAAGUUGACAGUGGCUUUUUAUAUCCUUUUAUUUACUUAAUUGCACUUGCACUCUAACAUCUGAUAUUCAAAGGCAUGUAGUGAAAUUACAUUUUAAGAACAAAUAUUAAAAUUGAGAUUAAGGCUG